CAUAUACAUUAUUCUGGAAAGUCACCGGCAUUGUAACGUGCAGUCCUUGAUGCCAGAGCGUCACAAAUAGAAGCAGUUACAGUUACCGUUACACAACAGGUCGCGCGAUUUUCUAGGGUUUCCCUAGGAAUGAAUAAGGCCACCACAGUGUUGCGCCGUGAUGGUCCCUUGUGAUCCAUUCCGGAAAAUAACGAAAACAUCCAGUUUUUUCCUAUUGACCGGCAAUGAAUGGUAAUCCUGUUAUGCCGCUAUGUGGCGUUGUCAACCAUGCUCGCAAUUGGGCACGACUGUGGUGUUUUUUCCCACGAGGACAGGCAAACCAUUGCAACCCAUCAUCCAGUUCAGUGUCGAAAGUCACCCGCAGCACAGUGCAUACCAGUUCGUCGCUUGCUAGUUGACUCGUAAUCGCCGGUGUACUAGUGAAAUUUUUGGGAUAAUUGGUGAACAAAUUUGUGAUUUGAAUUCGGCGAGGCCUGAUUUUUUACCUCUAAAUAACACGGUGAUAUCAAAGGACAGUUCAGAACGUGUUUUUGUGAUAGAAGGACAUAAGAUAAGUGAAUUUAGAGCAGCCGCAGCUGGUUAAGAAUACAAAGAAUCCAUCGAACACAAGCAAACCCCGUAACGUUUCCAGCAUGGCAGACAUACCGGUAAUCUCAAUCACUCAUGAAUGUUCCGACGACGACGUCGACGUCGAUGACAUGUCCAAGCUGAACAUCAACGAAGCCCUCACCGAUACGGAAGACCUCUUCAUGGAUCAGGACACGGUGCGGUAUCGCAAGGGUUCUUCAUCGCCCAAGACAACAGGAAACACAUUGAUAGAUUCUAUCGUACCGAUUACAAAUGGGUCGGUUACCGAUGUUGAAGAUUGUACUGAUUCCGAAGAUGAGAACGAAUGCGAGCAACCGAAAUCCGCCCAGGAAGCGGACAUUGCGCUGGACAGUUUCUUAGACCAAGGUUACGUUGAUGAAAUGACCAAAUCAGCCGCCAACAAAGGAGAUAAACCGAAAACUUUGACACGAUGUUUCUCGAAGGCAACCGAAGUACCCGAUUCAGACCUGUUGAAGGUGUUUGCCGAUACGAGCAACGCACUAACUGACUGCGAGGACUGUGACCUCUCAGACGACGAUGAUUCGUUGGGUAAGGUGUCAAUUCCUGACUGCCCGGAACAUAUCCUAAUGAAAAACACCGACCACGAGGCAGUGGACAUACACAGUUCGAUGAGACGAAAACAGGAGAAACACGUGCAUCACAAGCAGGAAGCAGUCGACGAAAGUUCAUCAGAGUCGGACAACGAUUGUAAGGUGCGACACAGGAGAGGUCAUCGCAAGUUAGAAGAACGCCCUCGGUCGGACUACGAAAACUUCACGCUAUCCGAUGACGACAUGGAAGGCGCAUGUGCCGUCAAACCAAAUCGACGAUCGGCUUUGUUCGAAGCGGAAGAACUUGUCAUGGAAGGAAGCGACGCCGAAGAUGAUAGAACUCAAACUUUCCCGGAGAUCAACAUAACAUUCGUUUCCGAAGCGCCAGAUAGGUCAUCGGAAGCAACAGUAACCACGAAUAAGAGACCUACAAGUUUAUCUGUAGCCGCACCCAAUGCGGACGAAGCCUUGACCGAUGUAGAGAACUUGGAUUCCUCCGAUAGUGAAGAUGAGAAGGCUACUGUCAAGCGAUUAAUGCCACGAGCCGUAGUUCGACCGGGAAAAUUUGGUGGUGGCGGUGGUGGAACCACGGAUGUAGAAGACUUCAAUGAUAGUGAUGAUAACAACCAAGAUGAACCAGACCACAAAAGAGAAGUCGGACAGGAGUUUCUGCCAUCGCCAGUGCGAGAAAUCGCUAUCCUAAGCCAGGGUGAGUCGGGAGCGCAGAAACAAAACGUGAUGCCAUUGAACUUCUUGAUGGUUAACACUCCAGAUAUCGAACAGGCACUCACAGAUGUGGAGGACAUGUCGGACGGAGAAGACACUGGAGAAAUGUACGACAGUUCCAAAUAUACCAUUGAGUCCCUACCGGACAUGGAGAGCGGCGACGUUUACUCCAGCGAUAAUACAUGCGUCAAGACGGCAAAAUUAAAUGUGAUGAGUUCGGCACAAGAGCCAAAAACCGAUACGGAAGAUCUGUUUUUUGAGCGGGGCGCUUCCAACAGCGGCAGUGGAAGUGAGCUCAGACGGCGCCGCAAACCGAAGCAUAGUUCGGCGACUGGGAACACUUGUCAGCAAUUCCGGGGUAAGAAGUUCUUAGAGAUGAAGGUAGAAACAGCCGCCACUGCUACCACGGACGUAGAGGACAUGUAUAUGAGUGACGAUGCGAAAGACUGUGGAUUUGCACCUUCAAAACAGCGUCGAGCAACCAUUCAAUUCAGUGGAUUGACAGCACCGGCGAACGAUUGCGACGCGAAAACCGAUGUAGAAUCUCUGUCGGGUGAUGAGCUGGUGAACGAUCACCACGGAGCACGCUCGCCACAACUGUGCUUCGAUGGGUAUUCAUCGGUCAUCAAGGCACGAGAGCGUAACGGUCUGACGAAAGGCGAUGGCUUACUGGAUGGGUAUGCGAUUCCACUGAUCCGCAAGGUAUCACCAAGCCCCGAUACGCAUAACUGCAACACCGACAGCGAAGACAUGCAAGGCGUGUCCGAUGAGGAUGAGCAUGCGGAGGGAAGCUAUUCGCGGGCACAGACGGCCACUCCGUACGAGUUGACACGAGCGCUGGACGAAAGUGCAGGUUGCGAAAUUCACGAGUCUAGCGCCCGCGUAAAAGGGGUGCUGUUGGACGUUAAGGGUAUGAUCGGCGGAGAUCCACAGGAUAUGCACACCGACGUGGAAUAUCUGGAUGAGGAUGCCGGAAAUGGGGCAGAUCAAUAAGUGCAAACAACAGUUCUGGAGAGAGGGGUUUCGUGUUCUAAUGGCUAUGGGGACUUGACAUUCGAUGACGCAAAGGAGUCCGCAAAGGAGAAACUACAAAGCAAAACGACUGAAAAGGAGGACUAAACGAUGACACUUCGAUCGAACAUCGUACGGUGGAGAUCAGCUGAUAUGAUUUCCAUCCGCAAUUAUAUACAAACUUACACGCAGAGAAAAAGUAACCAAAGGCAUCCUUUUUCCAGAUAUUUAUUAAUACUUUUACUAACAAAACAAGCAAAAUUGCAGCAAAUCAUCAUACUGAAUCUAUUCACUUACUUAUCGUAUUAAAGAAAAACAAGAAUACAAAGCAAAGAAAAGCUGCGGAAUAAUCAACAAGUAAAUUGAAAAGCUUAGCUCAAUUUUUGUUGAAAUCUAUGAAUCACUAAAACAGAAACUAAUUAGAAUACAACAUACAACAACAUCCGGAACGCAACUAAUCUCUAGCUAAAAUAUAAUUCUAGCAAAAACAAAAACAGUAAAACAAAAGAAGGCUAAACAAAACACGAACGUAAUCGUAACGGUAAAUCACCAACUUCACCAACUAGUCGAGGAAUGCAGAGAAGAAGACAAAACCCAAGCAAACAGUCAUCGGACGGAGCAAACAAAGAACGCGCGAUUCCGCGAAUCCAAAACGGUAACAACUAAAAUGUUUUCACGUUUGAAACAAAUAAAAGCUUAUUUCAGAUGUUUAUCGAACUUACGCAACUAUUGCUUCUUGUGACACAGUCAUGGAAAAUGUUUGAAAAAAAAAAAGAAUCGGAAACAUUAUCACAUCGGAGUUAUUUUAUGUUUUGCGUCGAUGUUUGAUUUUGAACGUAUCAAUCUGAAUUCGAUGUAAUGUGAUUAAAACUUUUUCCUAAAUCGAUUGAAUAAUGAUAAAAGUAAACUGUGAAAACAAAGAAGAAAACAAAUCGUUAACGUUUUAUUAUUUUUGGAUCUUGAUUAACGCAAACCAAACCAAACUGAUGUUUAGUAUCGCAAGUGAAAUAACAGCAACAACAUAUGAUAAACAAUGAGGAACGCAGUGGAAAUAACACACGAAAAAAAAAGUGAAAGAACAACACCUCUAGCAAACCAAGUAUUUUACAUGAUAUUUAAGGUAAAUAAACCUAAAUGAAAAAAAAAGAAA